UCCUGUUCGAACUAAACUACUGCUAAUAAGUAAUUAAUAACACCACAUUACCACCACCAACACCUUACCCUUCCACCACCACCACCCUCUCAUUUACAAGUUUCAAGUUACAACCCCAACCCCCCGAAUCCCGUACUCUCGUCCCCCUUCUUAACAGUUAAACACCCACCACCACACAACCACCAUGUCUUUUUCCCCCGACGCCGCCCCUUUAGCCAUGGCAGCUGCCGCCGCCGCCAACGGCGUCGACAAAGAAUUCUCCUCCGAAUUCCAAGCUUCUUCUCCGAACCGCCUUCGCCUUCGCCUUCGCCGCCGCUGCCUCGUCUGCUGCGGCGCAUGCGCCGCCGUGGCAGCGGCGGCUGCGGUGGUGAUUAUCAUCAUCGCGCUCACCGUGUACAAGGUGCGGGAGCCCGUCAUGACCAUGAACUCCGUCGCCGUGCGGAACCUCGACCUGCAGGCGUCGUCCUCCGCCGGGAUUCUGGCGGCCAACAUAACGGUGGCGGCCGACGUGUCCGUCAAGAACCCGAACGCCGCCACGUUCGAGUUCGGGCCGAGCGCGACGGCGGUGUACUACCGCGGCCGGGCGGUCGGCGAGGCGCGGGGCCCGCCGGGCACGGCUCUGGCGCGGCGGACGGUGCGGAUGAACGUGUCGGUGGACGUCAUGGCCGGCCGGGUGGCGUCCGACCCGGCGUUCGUGGCCGACCUGGCGGCCGGGUCGGUCGGGGUGAGCACGUCGACCAGCGUCGGCGGCAGGGUGCGCGUCUUCGGGCUCCUGCGCCACUACGUCGACCUCGUCAUGAACUGCUCCUUCGCCGUCGCCGUCCCCGCCAUGGCCAUCCUGAAUCAGACCUGCCGGCAGCACGUCUCCCUCUAGAUGAUCUUUUCCGUUGUUACAAACUUACAAUACACUGGGGUUCACCAAAUACAUAUAUAAUUUUUCUUUGAAAUAGUUUGUAGUUUGGUGUAUACUACUCUCCCUACAUAAGAAUUUUUAUCUUCUGCGUACAUGGUUUAUUUGAAUUAGCGGCAUCCUUCCAUAACUAUGAAAAGUUUCUCAGGCAGAA